GAGAGAGAGAGCUGCCUGCGCGCCCUCACACACAAACCGCUGUGCCAAUAGGCGUAUGACUAUCUAAUUAAACCGGUAUCACGUAAUCCCUCGGACCCCCCUCCCCCUCCUUAAAUCCCCUCUACCCGGCUAAACCCAACUAGCUAAACCCAACUCUCUCUCUCUUAUCCCGGUGGAAGCCCGCGCCCUCCCAGCCGUUAGCUGCCUCGCUCGGACUGCUUGUUGUUGUCUCACGGGGCUUGAGUGUGACGUUGUGACGGUAUCAUGGUUUGCAGGGCUCCGCCGCAGUAGCAGCAUAAGAAGAGGAAGAAGCAGGACAGUAGCCGUGUGUUCCAAGCAGCCAGUCCGGACUCUCUUCCAUCUCCUAUCUAUCGAGCGGAGGACGCAGCCAGAACAAGCAGAGCAUCCCGUCUCUCUCGUCCCCCAUCGCUACGCUCGGUGAUCAUCAGCUCGCGGAGCUCUCCGUUUGAUAAAGGGUUGGGACCUGGUCGGUGUUGUUGCCGCUGUAGUCCAUCGCUGAGGUUGUCUCAGAGACCGAGUGUGUGUCGCCACGGUGUUGCGUCGUUGCCAUGGGGAAACAGAACAGCAAGCUGAGGCCGGAGAUGCUUCAGGACCUGAGAGAGAACACUGAGUUCUCCGACCACGAACUACAGGAGUGGUACAAGGGCUUUCUGAAGGACUGUCCCAGCGGCAACCUGAACGUGGAGGAGUUCAAGAAGAUCUACGCCAACUUCUUCCCGUACGGAGAUGCCUCCAAGUUCGCCGAGCACGUCUUCCGAACGUUCGACACCAACAACGAUGGCACCAUCGACUUCCGGGAGUUCAUCAUCGCGCUGAGUGUCACGUCACGGGGAAAGCUGGAGCAGAAACUGAAGUGGGCCUUCAGCAUGUAUGACCUGGAUGGGAAUGGGUACAUCAGCCGUGAUGAGAUGUUGGAGAUCGUACAGGCCAUUUAUAAGAUGGUGUCAUCUGUGAUGAAGAUGCCGGAGGAUGAGGCCACGCCGGAGAAGAGAACAGACAAGAUCUUCAGACAGAUGGACCUCAAUAAUGAUGGUAAACUGUCACUGGAAGAGUUCAUUAAAGGUGCCAAAAGUGAUCCCUCUAUCGUGCGGCUACUCCAGUGUGACCCCAGCUCCGCCUCCCAGUUCUAACCCACGCCCACCCUGAUUGCUAUGGAAAUAGUAACUCCAAUUAGUUUAUGAUUGUUCUCAUCACUCAUAUAUUUCUGGUGUACAAGAUGGAGAAAGCAAAAAUCAUGAUCAUUUUACUUUACUUUUUUUAAGGAAAUAAGGGACAUGCAUACAUUAUUAUUCAGAAGAUGAUACGACAACUGAGAAUACAAAAACCAAGCCGUUGUCCGAUGUGUUUUACUGUCUCUCUCUGGAUCCGGAAGGAUGGAAUUCUGGAAGAAUGGGAUGGAAUUCUGGAAGAAUGGGAUGGAAUUCUGGAAGAAUGGGAUGGAAUUCCGGAAGAAUGGGAUGGAAUUCCGGAAGAAUGGGAUGGAAUUCCGGAAGAAUGGGAUGGAAUUCCGGAAUAAUGGGAUGGAAUUCCAGAAGAAUGGGAUGGAAUUCCAGAAGAAUGGGAUGGAAUUCCGGAAGAAUGGGAUGGAAUUCCGGAAGAAUGGGAUGGAAUUCCGGAAGAAUGGGAUGGAAUUCCGCUGAGCUCCGCUGCCUCACAACGUCAGAAAGUCCGUCUGCCAUUUUUACAAAGUGUGUUUAUUUUGGGGAAGAUAAUGAAGGGAACAUUCCAUCCUGAGAACCAUGCAUGAGCCAUCUGUGUUCUAAUCAUUCUGUUCAAAAGAUUCCGUUCCCCUCCCAUUAAGGCACAGCUCCUCCAAUCCUCUUCCACUUGUAUAUCCAUAUUUAUGUGUAUAUACAUGUGUAUAUGACAUUAUACGAAAUGAAUAGGCAAGUAUAUCUAUCUGUCUUUAUAACUCCUGUUGCGUUCAGAAGGCAGUGUCAUGUAGAUGUUUUGUUUGCUCUGAUCCAAUAUGGGAUUUGCCUAAUCGUUUGUUCACAGAGGGAACCGGGGACAGCGACAGGGAAAGAAGUUGUGAUGUUUCUGAUAUAUGAUCUUUCACUGCGGCAAAGAAAGCUAUUGGGUUUUUAUUACUGAUCUUAUAAAUGUAUUGUUAUUAUUGAUUCAUUUAAAUGUUUUAUUGUUAUACUUUUUUUUGUACAUAAUAUUGUUUUCCUCAUGUUGUUUACUUGUAUUUAUUUAUUUAUUUUCAUUGUUGUGGUUUUUAAUUUGAUUUGACAUUGAAGAUGAUUAUAACACAGUACUGGAGAGGAAUCCAUUGAAAGAAAGAAAUGAUGACUGUUCCUUCUCAUAUGGACAUUGACUUGUCUUUGGAAACCGUCCGUCUCUGUCCAAGAUGGAAUGUUGAGAUUCCAAAAUUCUGCAUUGGAAGGGAAAAAUUUGAAUAUUCUAGAAUAUUUAUAUCAGGUGAUUCCAUAAUGCAUUUGAUCAAUGAAACCAGUAGCAACACAUCAUAUAAUUUGAGCCUCCACGAGUGUAUGCACGCAUGUAUGUAUGUGUGUGUGUGUGUGUGUGUGUGUCUGAGUGUGUGUAUGUUUUGUUGUGUGCAUGCGUGUACAGUAUGCAUGUGUACAGUUUGUGUGCAUGUCCAGGCUUUAAACUUCAACAGUAUUAUACAUUGGUGUUGUUUAUUAUUAAUACGUCAUAUCAGUAUUUAAAGUUAGUUAUUUUAACACUUUAUCGCAUCACUGAGCGGUGAAGUACAGUAGCCACGUCGUCACACGCCUCACUGCAUGGCGCACAAAACAACACACGAAAACCCCCAUCACAAAACAGUUCCAUUUCACAGCUCUACUUUCUUCAGCAGCCUACCAGACCGCACACAGAAGACACACGGACAUGCCGUCUUUGCGCACUCUUGUGCGUGUGUGUCACUUUGGGACAAACCCCCUCCCUCCCGCCUUCUGCCAGACACAGAGCACAACACACUAAGGGCUUGAUUAUCUCUAUCCCAGCUAACCUUGAUUAUCUCUAUCCCUGCUGGUCUUGAUUAUCUAUAUCCCUGCUGGUCUUGAUUAUCUCUAUCCCUGCUGGUCUUGAUUAUCUCUAUCCCUGCUGGUCUUGAUUAUCUCUAUCCCUGCUGGUCUUGAUUAUCUCUAUCCCUGCUGGUCUUAAUUAUCUCUAUCCCUGCUGGUCUUAAUUAUCUCUAUCCCAGUGCUGUUCUUGAUUAUCUCUAUCCCAGUGCUGUUCUUUAUUAUCUCAAUCCCAGUGCUGUUCUUGAUUAUCUCUAUCCCAGUGCUGUUCUUGAUUAUCUCUAUCCCAGUGCUGUUCUUGAUUAUCUCUAUCCCAGUGCUGUUCUUGAUUAUCUCUAUCCCAGUGCUGUUCUUGAUUAUCUCUAUCCCAGUGCUGUUCUUGAUUAUCUCUAUCCCAGUGCUGUUCUUGAUUACCUCUAUCCCAGUGCUGUUCUCCGUUCCUUUUCAAUGUGUUAACCGAGACAGUAGAGAGUGGAAUUGUUUUAAGGCAAAGAUCACUUAGAGGUUGCAUUCCAAGUGACUACCUAUACCUUAUAGACUCCACUACUGGUGACAGUCAAGGCCCAGAGGACUCUGAAUGAGCGCACCGUAGAACUUUAGUAUAAGGGUAGGUAAUAAACCAUUCAUAAACCAUUAAUAAACCAUUUAUAAACCAUUAAUAAACUAUUAAUAAACAAUUUAUAAACCGUUUUCUCGCCAUGUAUUAAGCAUGACUCCCACAUGUGUAAAUGUCAAAUCCACUCAAAUUGUAUUUGUCACAUACACACGGUUAGCAGAUGUUAAUGCGAGUGUAGCGAAAUGCUUGUGCUUCUAGUUCCGACCACGCAGUAAUAUCUAACAAGAAAUCUAACCUAACAAUUUCACACAACAACUACCUUAUACACACACAAGUGUAAAGGAAUGAAUAAGAAUAUGUACAUAAAAAUAUAUGAAUGACUGUCAGGAAUCUAGUUAUUCAGACACGUGUAUAUAUAGUUCCUUAAACAUCCUGUGUUGUGCAUUGGUUCUAUCGCCAGGUACUGCUAGAAUGUCUAGCAACAGCAUGUCCAUCAUGCAACAGCAUGUCCAUCAUGCAACAGCAUGUCCAUCAUGCAACAGCAUGUCCAUCAUGCAACAGCAUGUCCAUCAUGCAACAGCAUGUCCAUCAUGCUGUGACAAAUUACACCACUCACUCCCAUGUUACAUAGUAUUUAUUACAUAAAUGUAUUUCACUUUAUAUUAGGGGCUGCAAAAAGACCUUACUGAUGAUUAGUAAAUGGUUUACAAAUGUUGGGUUAAUGAUUAAUACAUGGUAAAUGCACACUUUAUAAAUUAUUUAUAAAUUAUUUAUUACAGUCCCUUAAAAUAAAGUGUUACCGAGUGCACACUUCGGGAGAAAGGAGAUAUUAUUUGAAAUGCACGCCUAGUUUCCCACAAUGUGUACUGCACUGCACCUCUACUAUGGGCUCCCAGUUCACUGCCCCCUGGUGGUUGGAUGUGCUUCCAGGAUCACUGCCCCCUGGUGGUUGGAUGUUCUUCCAGGGUCACUGCCCCCUGGUGGUUGGAUGGGGAAUAUUUGCUGCUCCACUACUGCAAAAUUAUGGUAACGUUCCCAAAAUGUCCAGGUUUUCUAGGAAUCCUGAUUUUAAAAAAACAUUCCCAGAUUUCCUGCUUAUUCCAGGAAUUCUUCUAAUUUGGAUUUCUGGAAAAACCUGGACAAUUUGGUAAAGUUACCCGACACCGUCCUACCUACCCUUUUUCUGUUCUAACUGCCUCAAACUAAUAACUUGAGUUGGAUCGAGAUUAAAAAUAAACAACUCUUUCUUCCUCCUUUGUUUCUGUUGCAUGACAACCUCUAGUGAGGAUGGAUUGUUCUGUUUUGAACCGAAAUCGAUAACAAAUAUACCUUCUGUGUUUCAAACA